AUGGUUGCAAGAACCCCACCAAAGCAGAAGAGACUUUUGGCUUCCCUCAAUCCUGUUCUGAUUAAGGAAACACUCAACAAGGUGGAUCAAUGCGUGGCUCGGCUGCAGGAACUUCAGUAUAUUGUGACUGGGGGAACCAAGGUGGUGUCUGGGGUGAGUCUCAGCCCUCGCAGCACAAGAGGUUAUCUUAGAACCAGUCUCAGGUGUAAGCAAGAGUCACUCAGGAUCAAGAACGGUGCCUCAAGGAGAUCUCCAGUGGGGAAGUUUCCAGCAAACACAGGUGAAUGGAAGAGAAUGUCACUGCCUGCGAUGCUGGUAGGCGAAACUGUUGGAGAAAUUUUGCAGGCAAGUCAGUUUGCCAGGGAAAUAGUCUCAGCAGUUGGUAAGAAAACAGCCCCAGAUGACCCAAAAACUCCAAUGUCUCAACGGAGCAACCAGAAAGUAGAACUUGAAAACACACAACUCAGAGCCAGAAGGAAGAAAGAGAAGCAGACCAAAGUUCAAAAUGAUGGUUCCCCGCCACUGCAAAGGGCUCGCUCCAGAAUUAACUUCAAACUUUCUCCUCCGAAGGUUAGAGAAUUUGAUAAAGAAAGCAACCGGUAUACGGCAAAUAGGGUGUCUCCCAGGAACAGGCCAUGGGCUAGAAAAACUGUACUAUUCCCCAACCCUUUGUUCUUGUCCACUCACUCGUCUUCACAGUCACAACAGCAACAGUUUUGCAAGACAAGGUCACCUAUCAUUUCAAGAAAUAGAGGAACAACAUCAUCACACAAAUUUUUGAUCAAGUCUCCAUCUUCACCACAACGGCAGCAACAGUCUUGCAAGGCCAAGUCCCCUGUCAUAUCGAGAAAUAGGGGUGGAACACCUCACAAGUUUUUGAUAAAGUCUCCAUCUUCAACUUCCAAAUUUCAAAUCCAUAUCAAAUGCCCACCAACUGUGUCCAUUUCACCCACAAGAGCUGUAAGAUUGAGCAGGAGUCCUCCCAAGAGAUCAUCAUCCACUGCAUCUAAAUUCCGUCGAUCUUUCUCUCCUUCAAGAAUAGCAUCCAGAUUGGUUUCACUCUCACCAUUGAGGAGCAAGAAAACUGUACAGAAAAAUGACGGGUUUGUAAGUGGACUCAAACAGCGGCCCACACCGUCAGUGCAAUUCCCUGUUAGAGGAGUUUAA